CCAAGUAAAACGGCAUCGUAUUACAAUGAUCUCAGUCUGACGACAACAUUGAAUGAAGAAUCCGUGAAAGAAAAGCAGAGCGACGGCUAAGGUUACACAGUGACACAGUAUUGCUUUGGAGCUGACCUCAACAAGAAUUACAAUGGCAACGACGUCGUCGAAGGCUUUGUGCAGAUUAUCGUGUCGGUUACACUCUCUCGCUCUUCAUAACAACAAGUUAACCUCUAAACCAUCACCACUCUCUCUCGAGUUUUCUCUCCUCAAACCCAAAUCUCAAUCUUCCUCUCUGCCACGUCUUUCUCGGUUACCGGUGGAAUUGGGUUGCUUAGAAUCAAUGAUGCCGUUGUAUAGCGCGGUUGCUUCAGCUCGAUUAGUUUCAAGCUUGUCUAUUGAAUCUCUCGGUUGGGGAUUAGUUCCUCAAGGUAUUUCCAUGCCUUUAUGACAGUGUUGGUAUGCAGUUAGUUGAUUCUAGUAGCAUUUCCAUUUGAUGGCAGACUAUGGCUCAUGUUGAUGUUUUCAGUUUUUUGUAAUCUUGAAGCCUUUUGACAUAGGAUCUUUCAUCUGAUAUCUUUGCGGAACAUACAAUGCAACUGAUGUUGCUUACUCAUAGAGUUGGUUCAUUUUAUCCUCGGAUGUUUCUAGUAUCAUUUAUUGGCUUUCUUAUUUCUGGAUGAGUUUUUUUUUUUCCAAUUAAUAAUGCAUUGUUAAGGGCAUUAUAUAUUUGCACCAAAAAGGGCAUUAUAUAUGAGGAAUUAAGCCAUUUACUGGUUAUCAUUUAUGUGAUUACGAAAGUUAAAGGGUAUUUCUGAAGCAUUAUCAACAUAUGAUGCGGUUGUGUGAUAUUGUUGUUACAUAAUGUAAGGGCACUUCUAUGAUCCUUGCUUAACACAGAUGGAAUGUGAAGGAAUAAUAUGAUUGCUUUAUGAUGUGCUAAA